GAGGGCUUAUUCCGCUGCUCCACAGAAAUGGUAACUUUGUUUCGCGGGAGGAGAGCACUUAACUGAGCCGAAGCGAAUAAACGGGACUCCCAAACUUUAAAACUAUCUUUUAAUGUCCAUGUUUUUAAAUUUGAAAAGCGGUUCAGUCAAAAGGAAAGCUAAAACGGAAUGAGCCGCGCGAGCGCAAACCUGUUGCCUGUCUGCUUGUCCGUGUAGUUAACUACAAUCCAAGAUGUUGCUUUGUGGAUGGGAUGGCGUCUGGAGCCGUUGGUGUGUGGAUUCUUAGCUUCGCCGGAGUACUCCAAUUUGUUUCUCAGUUAACUGUCUGAUUCUCCUUCCUGGGGAAGAUGCAUGUGUCUCUGGCAGAGGCCCUUGAAGUUCGAGGGGGCCCACUGCAGGAGGAGGAGGUAUGGGCCCUGCUCAGCCAGAGCGCCGAGAGCCUCCAAGAACUCUUCAACAAAGACCCUGCAGCUAUGGGCUUCAUCAUCUCACCCUGGUCCCUCCUGCUUAUGCCCUCUGGCAACAUUUCAUUUACAGAUGAGUAUGUCACUCAGCAGGACUUGAGAGCGUUCACAGCCCCAGAGGUCAUGGAAGGCAUCUCUCUGAAUACGGUUUCUGACAUUGAAAAGAUGCACAUGUACUCACUGGGGAUGACAUUGUUUUGGGGAGCAGACUAUGAGAUUCCCCAAAGUCAGCCCAUGAAACUUGGGGAACAUCUAAACAGUCUACUGCUCAACAUGUGUGACGACGUCACGUUGAGUCGAAUGUCGCUGCGAACGGUGCUGGACAUCUGCAGCAAACACAUCAGAAACUCCAGCUGUGACCCUCCUUUCUCCUACGUUCGGAAACUGGUCCGGUUGGUACUUGGCAGUCUCUCUCAGCUGGAUGGUCUGCUGACGGAUAGAGAAUCUCUUCCAGAGCGGAGUAAGGAGAUUCGAGAAAGGUUGAGAGGCAAAGGUUUGCCAUCCGGGAGGAGUGCCGCCUCCAGAGUUUUGGAGCGAUACAAAGCCAGAGCUCAGGAACAUACCGCUCUAAACCGGGGCCUCAGUCGCUCUAUGGGCGCGCUGCCGAUGCACGACUUGUUGAAAGGGGACGAGGGUGCAGCGCCCCAGAACUCCCUGUCUGACUAUCACACAAACUCUGACUCAACGGCAGAAUUCUACCCCAAAGCUCCUUCACUCCAGCACCAGCUUUCUUAUCCCUACCUGCAUCCUCUUCACCCCCAGAUGAAGGGCCGGCCGGUGGAGCUGGACCGCAGGUCUUUACCCUACUAUGUCACAGACAGAGGGCCCAGUCAGCCCAGGAAGAUCUGGGCUUCCUCUGUGGACCUGGCUUACAUUGACCCAGAAGCUCUUCGCUUUGGGGCUUUGGAAGAUGCUCGGAGAGGGAGCAGUGCUUUAAGUACGCAGUCUGUGGGCAGGCGGAAAUCCCCUUUGUCUGUGGCCAAGGAGGGGGAUUAUCAGUACUCUGAGAUCGGUGGACUGAAGAACAACAGGUCUUCUCACUUCUCGGCCCUAUCUGUCGGCUCUGGGAUCCCUGGCGCAUAUGAUAGGAUCAAAGAAAAACAGAGGAAACUGGAGGCUCUGCAACAAGCAGUCAAUGACCCAAACCGAACCCACCAAAGGUACAACAGUGAUUACAGUUCAUCUAGUGAAAGCCCCUCCGUUGCCUCUUCGGAUCCAGACUACAGGCAAGCUAAGAAACCUGCUGAGGUGACGAGGUACGGCUCCCAGCUGGCACUUGCAGAACACGAUGCCCUGUCACUGAGAAGCCACAACUCACAGAGACAUAGGCACAAUGAGGGUACAGCUGACGAAAGUGCUGAGAUGCUCCUUCAGAGGCAGGAGGAAGAGGUGCAACGACUGCAGACACAACUAGCCAACAGACUGUCCAGGGCCAACUUCUACCCUGCAGACGAACCCCUUCUCCAGCCUCAUGCUUCAGCACUUGACCUUCAAGACCCUCUGUAUCCUCCUUUAUCGCUCCGCAAAAGCAAGAGCUUUUAUGGACCUGAGUUUGUGAAGAUGGCCAGCGAGCCGUCAGUUCCCUUAUCUGUGCCUUCGUCUAUAAUGCAACAGAAGCGCAGUAAAGGGGAAGAAGUGCUGAGGAAGGUCAGCGUUGUUCUCCUAAAUGGGCAAAAAUUAGAGCUGGGCUGUGACCUUAAGGCGGUUUGUAAGGACGUUUUUGAUAUGGUGGUGGCACACGUCGGCCUGGUUGAGCACCAUCUCUUUGGCCUUGCAUACCUCAAAGAAACUGAGUUCUUCUUCGUUGAACCCGAUGCCAAACUCACUAAAGUGGCUCCUGAUGGUUGGAAGGAGGAUCCCAAGAAAAGAAGAUCCGACGUGCUUUUUAACCUCUUCUUGCGCAUCAAAUUCUUUCAUGAUGAUGUCAACCUCAUACAACAUGCUUUGACCAAGCAUCAGUACUACCUGCAGCUGAGGAAGGAUAUCUUGGAGGAACGGAUGCACUGCAAUACAGAAAAUGCCCUGCUGCUGGCUUCACUGGCUUUACAGGCUGAAUAUGGCGACUACCAACCAGAGCUUCAUGGGAAGACCUAUUUCAGACUGGAGCACUACCUCCCUUUGUCCGUCUUGGAUAAGGUGGGCCAAACGACUCUGCGGGAACAGCUGCCUAAACUACACAGUAACUAUUACGGAGUAUCGGAAUCAGAGGCAGAGUUUGAGUUCCUCAAGGUAAGCCAGAAGCUGACUGAGUACGGAGUCCAUUUCCAUCGAGUGCUUCCAGAGAAGAGGUCCCCAACGGGCAUCAUGUUGGGGGUCUACUCCAAAGGAGUGCUCAUUUUUGAUGUGCUUAAUGGAAAUCGAACGCCUGUACUAAAGUUCCCCUGGAGGGAGACCAAGAAGAUUUCCUUUGCAAAAAAGAAAAUUUGCCUCCAGAACACAUCGGAUGAAAUCAAGCACCUUUUCCAGACUGACAGCAACAGGACAUGCCAGUAUCUGCUGCAGCUGUGUUCUGAUCAACAUAAGUUCCACCUGCAAACGAAGGCACGCCAAAGCAACCAGGAGCUGCAGGAUCUCGAGAACUGCCCCUUGAGCAGUAUGCAGUAUUCCAUUGACUCGCAAGCUGGCGAUGCAUCAGCCAGGGCAGCAGGCCGAGUCAGCAUGGCCCAAAGCUUAUCCACACGCUCCAAUCCAGACCACCUGAAGAGGAUCUCCUACUCAGAGGUGGCCCUCAACAAGACACCAUCUGGCUCGGUAUUAGUCCACGAUGAGCUCCACCUUCCAGGUUACAACCCAUUAGCAUCUACCGUCUUUCCCAACCCCCGGCUGAUGAGUCGGUCCCACCACAACCUGGCUCAGAUGCCGGAGCCUGAGGAGAACCCAGUGUUGGAAUUGCUGCGUUCAUCCAAAAGCAGACUGACCCAGCCUCAGAUAAACCCAGCAGCAUCAGGUUUCCAGCAGCAUCAGCGAGCAAACUCCGACACAGACUCUAUUUCUCACCCUCAGGAUAAGUAUUUGGGUGGAGUUUUCCACAACAGCCCAUCAUGGCAUCUCAGUCAGCCUAAAAAGGAAUCUGACUCUUCUUCUAUAGAGGACAAUGGACAAGCAUAUGUAGUUGGUGUCAGUAUGCACAGUUCCUCUGGAGCCUCUUCAACACCAGCCUCUGUUAAUGAUUCUCUGAAAAUAAAGCUUAAUGAGCUGCCAUCUCUGGAGAGGGAUAUCACAGCUGUAAACCUGAAGAAAGAUCCCAAGUAUGGACUGGGGUUCCAGGUUGUUGGAGGGGAGAGCUCUGGUUCUUCAAACCUUGGUACAAUCAUCAGCUCAAUUACUCCAGGGGGUCCGGCUGAUCUAAACGGCCAACUUAAACCUGGUGAUCGACUGAUAUCUGUCAAUGAUAUAAACCUGGAUGGAUUCUCUCAUGAUGAAGCAGUUGAAGUCCUUCAAAACACUUCUGAUGAUGUGACUCUGGUAGUGUCACAACCCAAAGAGAGGCUUUAUAAAGAAUCUCCUCCAUAUGUUUCCAAAGCACCAAAAUCAUCUUUUAAUUCACCUAGACAGGCUCAGAGAGGAGAGCUAGAGAUUGAGGUGUCGUCAGAGGAUCAUCGUAGCACAGUUAGCCCCAGCCCCCCUCCCCAUGGUCCUGGUACUCCCUCAGUUGCCUCAUCUCCAGUACGUCAGCAGACCAGCCCCAGCUCUCAGGAUUCUAGGACGAACAGUUCUUCUAAAAUCAGCGCGCCCUCACAUGAUAGAGUCCAGCAGGCCUUAGAAAGAAUGAAAGCUGCAUCCUCAGCUGAGGGCACUGCCGAACACGGAGCACUGAAACCAAAGGCUGAAACAAAUCUUUCACCUCCAGCCCUGCCUCCAAAAACUAGAAAAGUCAAACUCUUAGGAGCUCAAGUUUCUGAACAGUCUGACCGGGGGGAUACAGACAUGGAUGAAGAGACGUAUUCCAGUAACCAGCAAAAACUAAAGGUCAAAAAGGAAAACAUCAUGGAAAAUGUAAAUGGUAAUGCCCCAGGGGUCAAUAGUCUCCGUCCUGGAGAUCUAUUUGACGUUGAGCUGUCCAAAAUAGACAGCAGCCUGGGCAUAAAUGUCACGGUACUGUUCGACAAGGGUGGAGCUAACACAACCGUCCGGCACGGAGGCAUCUAUGUGAAAGCCCUCAUUCCACAAGGAGCUGCAGACCUGGAUGGGAGAAUACAGAAAGGUGAUCGUGUAUUAGCCGUCAAUGGAAGGAGUCUAGAGGGAGCCACUCAUCAGCAGGCAGUUGAGAUCCUUAGAGACACGGGCCAGACGGUGCAGUUGCAGCUGGAGAAAGGUCAUCUAUCUGCAAGCAGCUCUCAAGCUCCACUCACCCCUCAGCCCACUCCGCGUAAGGACAAGGAGCAGCCAGCGGAGCCUAAAGUUAAACCCGAGUACAGCUUUGUCACACAAGAUAACGUAUUUGAGGUGCGUCUGCUGAAGAACACUUCUGGACUGGGCUUCAGCUUUAGCCGAGAGGAGCACGCUCCUGGUGAGCCCUACGGUCCCAGCUUGGUGAGGGUGAAAAAGCUUUUCCCAGGCCAGCCUGCUGCAGAGAGUGGCCGCAUCAACGUGGGCGACGUCAUCCUACGGGUCAAUCAAACUCCUCUCAAAGGACUCUCACAACAUGAGGUGAUAUCAGCCUUGAGAGGAACUGGACAGGAGGUGACUUUGCUCCUCUGUAGACCAGAAAAGGGUGUUCUCCACGAAAUAGACGCCUCAGCUUUGACACCCAAACCAUCCCCCAGAAAGGUUCCUGUAACCUUCGCAGAGCCCAACCCGAGCGUUAACAGAACUGCUUCUCCUCCUGGGACGACACAGAGGGGCCCUGUGGAAGAGGCUCUGGCAAGGCUGCAGAUCAAAAGCCCCGGCCGACACAACAGCUACAGCGACAGCACUGAUGGUGAUGAGGAAGUAGAGAAAGCUUUCACCACGGCAGAGCAAAGUAUGCAAAACUGGGACAGGAGUGUUUAUCAAACCCCCAGUAGCAACUCGGAACUGGGACGCUAUGACAGCUCUGGUCAACUGGACGGCAGCUUCCACUCAGCUUUUUAUUCACCCAACUUGUCAAAGACGAGAUUGGACCUCAGCAACAGGAGUUCAUCACCCAUGGAGGCAGACAUGGAGUCCUCCUCUCUGCCCAAGUUUUCGUCCGCCUCUCCGCCAAGCCCCAAUCCUCUGCCUCCUCCGAUGCCUCUGCCCUUGAAAUUCAAAGCCCCCAGCAACGGACAGGACGUGGAAGAACCGCCCCCGGAAGCAGAGCUGAAGAUCUCUUUACAGAAGUCAGAAAAGGGCAGCCUUGGUUUCACACUGACAAAAGGCAGUGAUCAGGGCUGUUACAUCCAUGACAUUGUCCAAGAUCCGGCCAAAACAGAUGGCCGGCUGAGGCCUGGUGAUAGAAUGAUAAAGGUUAACAACACUGAUGUGAACUCUAUGAACCACACUGAGGUGGUUGAUCUCGUUUGGGCUGCACCUCCAGUGGUUGAUUUGGUGGUAGGGAGGAUUCUGGAAGCUCCCAAAUUCCCAUUAGAAGCCCACCUCCUCCCUGAUAUUUGUUUCAAAAAUAUCCAAGAACCUCUGGGAUUGGUCCUCGAUGGGGGUAGGGACAGCAUUUUUGGGGUCUUAUUUGUAAAAGACAUCAUACCAGGUUCACCAGCCUCUGAAGAAGGAAGCCUGAAACCACUUGAUCUUAUCCACUACAUUAAUGGUGCCCCUACUCAGGACCUAACACUGAGUGAGAGUACAAGACUCCUGGAGUUGUCCCUUGAUGAUCUUUGUCUAAAGGCCACGAGAGAUGGAUUGCCUGUAUCUUCUGAACACAAACGUGUCACCUUUCUGGACAACAACAUUGGCUCCAAGCUGUCCUCCAGCGUUAAUGGCUUCAUUAAAAGGGAAGAUUCCAGACACUCUGAGGAUCUCACUGCAAUCUGUCCUGCAGAGGAGGAGAUCAUAACGUUGGAUCUGGAGAAGCCUCCCUCUGGAAGUCUGGGUUUCUCUUUGAUCGGUGGGGAGAGGGGAAUUUUUGUAAAGUCCAUCACGCCAGGAGGAAUUGCUGAGUCCUCAGGAAAGCUGCAGGUUGGAGACAGGCUGCUAAAAGUAAAUGAGGAUCUGAUGACCAAUAUUUCUCACACCAAAGCCGUCACCACCAUUCGAAAAGCUAAAGGCCUGGUACAUCUGAUUGUUUCAAGACCACCAGACCAGAACCCUAACACAUAUCUGGCUUAUCUGCCUCUAAACUCGGACAAGUGCAAUGGAAACACAGAUCUAAGUGAUGACAGCGGAGUAACCACUAAGCCACAGAUGUCAGCUGAACAGAAAUCCAUCAACGUUCCCGGCCUACCGCCAAUAGACUAUGACGAUGGUCCCCCAGUGGAUAAAACUGAGCCGGAGCACAGUGCAGAGCAUUCAGAGGACACAGACUGUGAUGGAUCCUCUUUACCUGAAGACUCUCCUGUGAGUUCUCGUAAGCUGACGUGGCAUGAAGAGAGCGUUGACAGCCCAAAGAAUGAAAACAGUUAUCUGCAGAUGAGUGCAGUGCAGCCAGAAGAUGAUGACUUCACAUGGGGGAGUGAUGAACUCCCCAUAGAAAAGAUCGGCUCCACACCAACACAUGAUAAAUUGAUCAUCACUAAGGAGGAGCUGACCACUUUGCCCCUUGUUAGAGUGGUUCCUGGUGGCCAGUACACAGGAACAAAGCUCAGCUCGGUCGUACGCAUGAUGAGGGGCCUGCUGGACCAGAAAGUCCCACUUCAAGAAUUUGAAAAUCUUCAGAACCUCCAGCCACUCGAUGAUUGCUUGGUGGGUCAGACCAAAGAGAACAGGAAGAAGAACCGCUAUAAGAACAUUGUUCCCUUCGACACGACUCGCGUGGUCAUCGGCAAAGACGGCAGCUACAUCAACGCCAACUUCAUCAACAUGCAAGUGAAGGACGAGAACUUCCUGUACGUCGCCUGUCAGGGACCUUUGCCCACCACACUGGGCGACUUUUGGCAGAUGGUGUGGGAGCAGGAUUCCAACGUCAUCGCCAUGAUGACGCAGGAGAUCGAGGGGGGCAAGGUGAAAUGUCAGCGGUACUGGCCGGACACACCCAGGACGGCAGAGAUGGUGGACGACAGGUUGCAGAUAAAGCUAGUCAAAGACCAACAUCUGGAGAACUUUGUCGUCCGACUCAUUGAAGUCAAAGACGUCCAGGCGAAUGAAUCCAAGCUUGUAACUCAUCUGAACUACACCGGGUGGCCGGACCACGGGACGCCCUCACAGCCCGAACAUCUGCUCACAUUCAUCUCCUACAUGAGGCACGUUCACAGAUCAGGACCCAUCAUCACGCAUUGCAGUGCCGGCAUCGGCCGCUCAGGCGCCCUCAUCUGUAUAGACGUGGUUCUAGGCCUCAUCAGUAAAGAUGCAGAUUUUGAUAUUUCAGAUGUAGUGAGAAAUAUGAGACUUCAGAGACACGGAAUGAUCCAGACAGAGGAGCAGUACAUUUUCUGCUAUCAAGUGAUCCUCUACGUCCUCAGAUGCCUUCAAGCAGAAGAAAACGUCUCUGGAUAGAAGAUCUUUGGUGACCAGUCAGAGCAAAACAGAACAAAAGUCUAUAAAGGCAAAUAUGCCAAACUAGGUUAAAUUUUUAAUGCCUUAAACUUUUUUUUUUUUUUUUCUGAAGUCAUUUUAAGAAAUAUAUUUUUGCUUUUUGUCCUUUCCGGCUGCUGCUCCUUAUCACUGCAUUUUUGCAAGCUGCUGAUUGUAUUUCCUAUCAAACAAGAGAACAUGGAUUUUUUUUAUUUUCUUUCAGAUUUUUUUUUUUUAUUAAUGUUGACGAUGAAAUGAUUUUAUAUUUUAUGUGAACCAUUUCUGUGUAUUUUGAUGCUGGAACUGGCCUUGACAGAAUACUGUGUCAGUAUUUGCUAUGUAAAUCUAUUAUACAGUUAUUAAAUACUGCCUGAGGCAAAUGAUAAACUAAAAGUGUACAUAUAAAUCUCUGGAAGAAUUAAAACAGAUAUGUUUUAAAUAUCAUGUAGAGGAAAAUUUCUUUUAAAAAUAAGAUUGACUAUUACAGUUGUAUUUUUCUUGUCAUGUUUUGUUAUAGGGAGCUUUUUGACAGCGGUUUGGUUUCAUUCAUGCCACGUAAAAGAGAUGCAGUCACACUCUGAUCAUUUAUUACAGUUUUAUCAUCAUUGAUGGCUAAAAAAAAAACAUCCAAAACAUCUGACAGGCAGGAAGAAAACCUAAAUUAUAUACCUAAAGUAUUUCUGUUUCGUUCCAUACCCCUGCGACAUUAAUGCCAUUAAAGUAACUGCACUCUCAAGUGUUAUGUGGGCUGGGUUGUGGUAUAUUAUGCUCUAAUGAAAUGUUCUUGUUUGUCUAAAAGUUUGUACAAUAAAUUCUUUGAGUCUUAAAACUGAUAAA